GUUUUUGUUUUUUGUUAUCUAUCAAAGAUGUAGAUGAACUUAAAAUACGCAAAUAAAUUGUGAAUGUGAAUUAUGGUAUCAAAGAUUUGAUAAUUUGGUGAUGAGAAAAAGAGUAACUUGGAGUUUUUAUUCGAGCCAUUGAAGAGCUACAAAACUUAAUUUGAACUUAAAAAUCAUUCAUAGUAGGAACCUACUAUCCUGGUAUAAAAUUUAGACAUAUUUGAAUAUGGAAUCAAGAGAGACUUCAGAGUUACAGCAACUAGUUUCUAGUGAUGCUGAAAAUGAAGAUAGCAUUCCUCAAGAUGAACAAGAAGGAAAAAACAUGUCACCUAUCAAGAGCAGUAAAAUGAUUUCUUCCUCAGGAAACACAAGCCACAGCUCUGUAGCACAUAGUGCAAGAAAAGGGCACAGUGGACUUGCAGGUGGAUCUAAAAUAUGUUUCAUAAAUGAAAGAAAACUGAGAGAAAGUAACAAGGGCAGUACUGUGAGGCCCAGAAAUGCAAAUAAAGUAGAUAAAAGUAACACAGAUAUCCGACACCAUUCUUUUAUAUCUCAAGUGCCAGAUGUGAGACAUAUGGAAAGGGCCCUCUUAGGGCUGCUUGCUGAUUUUCAUUCAGGGAAGCUGAGAGCCUUUGGUAGUGGCUGCUCUAUGGAUCAGAUGACAAGCAUUAGAGAGCAGCAAGAAAAACUUGCAAAGUUGCAUUUUGAUCUAGGAUCUGCAACAGCACCUAGCUUGAAUGAUGAUGAUAUUCAGAGAUCACAGAGUACUAUGAGUCAACUUAUACAGAGGUUGGAGCAACUCAGUGUCUCUAUAGAGAGUUUGCAUAACAGCAAUAAAUAGACUGAAUUUGGAUUGAGGGAGCAAUUUUGUGGUGAAUUUCAUAUUAUAUCCCAUUAUGUAGGCAGUUCCUUGUAUAUCCAUUUUUUUUAAUUUAAUUGUUAAUAAGAAGUGAUAGGAUAUUUGGAAAUAAAAGUCUUGGAUUUGAUU